GUAUUUCUCCAGCCAGACACAACGGGGACGUUGUAUCUCAGUGUGAUAGUGGACCAGGACAGUCCUGUCAACGCUGACCUACUACUGGACCAGUCUGGACAGAAUGUCUACGUCCUCACUGACAGCAAGGUGUCCAAGGUGGCUGUAUCUCAGUGUGAACAGCAGCCCGACUGCCAGUCCUGUCUGUCUGUCAGAGACCCUUACUGUGGCUGGUGUGUCCUGGAGGGAAGAUGUAGUCGUCGAAUGGAGUGUAGUCGUGAGGGCCAAGCCAACCACUGGCUGUGGAGCUUCCAUCCUGCCAACCAGCCUGCCAACCAGUGUGUGACUGUCCAGAGCGUGGAGCCUGCCAUUCGAAGCAGAGAGGAGGAGACUCAGGUUUCUCUUGUUGUGUCCCAGCUGCCCACCCUGUCGGAGGAGGAGUCUCUGUCCUGCUCCUUUGGAACCCUCGUCCCUCAACCAGCGGUCGUCACGGGAACCACCAUAACCUGUCAAUCACCCCUGCCUGAGCUCCUCCCACCCAGCCCUCCAGGAAGUGAUCACAUGUCUCUGCGUGUGUCUGUGAUGUUCAGAGACGUGACCAUCUCGAGCAGUGACAUCAUCUUCUACGACUGUCGAGCUGUGGGACGACUCAACACCACCUCCUCGUAAGAGAUACACACACACACACU